AAGAAUGUUUUGAUACUCUCUGCCACCGUCCGUCCAACACAAAGAUGAAUUUUUCUUUGUUAGGGAAACACAACAUACAACUCGCCUAACACAAAUACGCCAAAUACGCAAUAGAGCUAGUGAGCUAGUGCAUAGAAAGCAUAAACAUAAACACGGAAAAUAAAUAAGAAGUAAAAAAGGCAACAGAAAAUUAAAUAAUUCCAAUUUUAAUGAACAAUUUCAAGGAAAUCUUCACAGUGACUUAGACGGCGAGACGAGAACGUGAGUGUGGUGAACAAAUAUGUCGUGGUUUAAUGUGUGGGAUGGGCUGAAGAAUAAGACGUGUCGUUAUUUACUACAAAGAUAUUUGGGACAGUUUCUGGAUGAAAAUCUGAAUUUGGAACAGCUGAAUAUUGAACUCUACAAUGGCAAGGCCACAAUCAAAAAUGUGUCGCUACGCGUUGAGACUCUUAAUGAGUUGUUGGAGGCACAGGGAUGGCCAUUGGAAUUUACAGAUGGGCAUAUAGGCCAGUUGACAUUGUCUGUGCCGUGGAACGCCCUGAUGACAAGUGAUAGUGCCAUAGAGGUAUCAGAUGUUGUACUGUGUAUUAGGCCCGUCAAACGGGAGCAUGAUGGAACCUCAAUGAUUGAAUCAAUGUGGUCAUCGGUUAGCAGUUCUUUACAACUCGCCGAGGAAUAUAUGCGUCAAGAAGAGAAUGAGUCAGAAGAUACGAAUGCCACACACACCACAAUAGGUGGUCUAGAGAAAUUCGCCGAGACCAUAGACAAUGUCUUGAAUCGAAUUAGGGCAAAGUUUACAAAUAUAACAAUACAAAUCGAACACCCAUUGGUGAGUACGCUCAAAGGUAUUGCGUUUAAGGUGCACCUGGAGGAGCUGUUGUACAAAAAUGAAACUGGCAAUGAGAAAAGUGCCACGACACAACAGCAGCAGCAACAACAACACCAGGGAAUAGACAGUGCCGCGGACAUCAUAAAUCGCAUACCCACAUACACAAAGCACAACAUAAGCUUGAGGGGUGCACAUAUUAACACACAAGAAUUGAAAUCGCAUUCCGAGGACUGUGGCAAUAGCAAUCAGCAAGAUAUACCCUUGCUACAGCUGAAUGGCGAACAAAGCGUCCAGGUGAAAAUAAAGCAGUCGGAAGAUGUAACAGGGCCAAAAAUCUACUUCUACAUCGAAUUAGGUGGUAUCUGUGGCAUAUGUUCGCCACACCAAAUUCAAAUGAUACUGGAGUUUAUAGAGGCAUUUACUGACGACCUUAACCCUAAAAAACAGCAGCAUUCCAAUGAGGUGGUGCAUGUUCCAGCAGAAUCUGCGGAAGGCUAUGAGAAUUUAUCAAUGGGAGGUGGUGGCAUGCUCAGCAAUCAAUCAGCAUGGAUAAGUGCAGACGAUCCUCCUCCACCCCAUCACAUACAAUAUGCGAAUGCCAUGCACAGGAAUCUACACAGUAGCCAAGAUAAAUACUGUGAAUCGUUAAGCUCUUCAAUGAGUUCACGUAGCACUCUAACCAGCGUAUCACGUUAUCAACGCAAACCCACAAAUUUGGAUUCAUCAGGGGAAAUUUCUAAUUUUGUGGUAAAGAUAGCGUCAUUUGUGUGGGUAGUUUUGCAGGAGGAUAUUUUGGUGGAAUCUGCAUCGAAUUACUAUGAAAGCCUGUACAAUGAGCAGAGUGUAAAUGAACAAACAAAUGUGUCACAAAAAUUUUUCGAACUGGUUCAACAGGUGGGGCCCCAUGAUCAGGAGUCGAGUGGUCAUCAAAAAGUAUUCUGCGACAAAAAUCACAUUUUGGUGCGCAUGCAACCUCUGGUGGCAGAGGGUAAACAGAAUCGUAACAAAAGUCUCUUACAAUUCAAUGCCACAGUGUCGGCCACCCAAUUGGACUUUUGUGAAGUCCUGGAGGGGAAGAUAACCGAAUUGUUGUCAUUCAAUCAGCGUAAACGCACACGUGAGGGCCAAGUUAGGUCGGAGUUAAAUCUAAACAUUAACUCCAUAAAUUCUAAUAAUUUCAAGAAUAAAUCAUCGACGACAGUCGGUUUUGACUUGGCUCCAUGCACAUUGGAAUUUGAUGUAUCUAUUAUAGAUCGUUUAGGUGCCUUGUUUGCUCAAACACCAACAAAGGCAUGCGCCAAGGCUCCAUUGAAUGAUAGUGAUGUUGCGGUUGGCACCAAUACCACCAUAAGUUUGAGCUGUUCCAAUUUGGAUAUACGUCUAAGAUUUCCUAUUAUCGAUGCAAAACCUGCACAUGAUCCGGAACGUAUUCCCUGGUGGAAACAAAAUAUUAGACCCGAUUUCCUACUACUCUCCCUGGAGCAAAUGAAUGUUAAAUAUUGUCUGAAUAAAGUGAAUUUGAGCUCGAAUGAAAUAAACAUAUAUUACUGUGAAGAAGAAACCAAAAAGACCCACAUCGUAAAUACUCGUGCUGAGAGUGGCAAGGAUUCCGCCGCUCUUGAAUAUCCCACUCUAUGCAUAGACAUAAAAGACAGCUAUGUCUUUGGCAAGGAUGAGGAACCGCGUUUGCCUUUUAGUUCGAAACGGAAUUGUCGCCAGAGUAGCACUGCCCAGCCCAGAAUGGAAUCGGAUGUAACUGAAACUAUUUUACUGCCAGGUGAAACUCAUGAAAUCAAUGAAUUUUGCCAAAAAUCGAUGGCCUCGUCAGUGAUUGGAAUACGUAUUAGUUUACCCAGCCUUAAUCUCUUUUUGGAAUCUAAGCAAUUGUUUGAAUUGUUGUAUAAUCGUCUGAACUCUGAUUUGUUUAUGUGGGAACCUUCGUCCCCCUAUUUGACCGGCACACCCAUGCAAGAGAAGAGUUUUUUGGGAAUGCAGAACUUAGGGCUAAUGGAUUCUGUUUAUAUUUCAGCAGUCCAGCAACCGGAUAAUGAUCCUUUUGCCGAACCAUAUGAACAGCAACAAAAGAAAACACAACAGCCAAUAAAUUACGCCGACAAUGAUGAUGACGAGGACGAUGGUGACGAUGAGGAAACCAAUGAUGAGGACGACGGUGGAUUAACAAAUCGCCGACGACGCAAACAGACAAAUAACUUUAAAUCUCUUUUAAGUUCCACAAAAGAUUUGAACACCCGUCAUGGCCACAGAUGUUCAGUGGAAAUAAAAGUAGGUAAAGCCACAGCCGCCAUCUUUGUACCCGUCCGUGAUUCUGAGAAUCAUAUAUUGCCCGAAGUUUUGGGUAAAUUUCUACUUUACAUCGACGAUUUGAAAAUAUUCAGUUUGACUGGCUACUGCGAUGAUCCCUGUUUGGCAUAUUUUUGUCUUCAGGUCAAUGAACUUGAAAUGUACCAUGGCGGUGUGGCGCCCAUGAACUCUCCUUUACGUUGUGAUAGUAAAGCUCACAUUGAAGACUUUAUGAAAGCCACAAUUUAUAAAAUACCCUUGGGACUAACCAAAGGCAUUAUUGGCCAGAAGCAAGGCGAACGCAGUGAAAUGGUCACUGUGGCUAUAGAAAUUAAGAAAAAUCUGCCACAACACAUAAAACGUCUGAAAAUCACGGCUGGCAUUAAAAAUACCACAUUGCGUUAUAUACUCAUGCCGCCCUCCUACUUUUGGCUUAAUCAACUUUUGGAUUUCCUCGAUGUCCUAGAUUAUCCCAUUGAAGGGUAUGAACCGUUCAGUGUAGUAUCCGAAAUGCAGUUACAUUUGUGGGAUUGUGCCAUUGAUUUUCGUCCCGACAACUUUGCCUAUCGUGCGGUGCUAGAGCUAUUCUAUUUCUCGGUGAGCAGCAAUAUUAUAUCCACCAUGACGGGUUGUAACUUGCGAUUCGUAUUGGAAGAAUGUGUCUUCUCCAUUGCUCCCCACGAUACCACGAAGGUGCUUCCCUGCAAUCGUGUAACCUUUAUUGAUGCUAGCAAUAUGGUACCCGUUUUGGAUUUUGGUCUGUUGGAGAUAUCACUGCGCAUCAGUGGUGAAACAACGGAGAAAUAUCCUAGAUUAGAUCUCCGAUGUUCCCUGCAAGAUGUCCACUUGCGGACGUGUUACGACUCGGGCAGUGCGUUUGCCCAAUUAAUUGGCUAUAUAGCCAAUAAUAUAGCCAAAGAUGAAGAGGCCAGUGACAAGGAAUCCUUACAAUCUUCAUUGUGUUCAGAAUCAGACUUACUUUUGGCAGAAUCACAAACAUGUGCAGAUCUCUGCGAUCGCCAUCAAGAACGUGUUAAUCAACUAAUGGCGGAGGCCGUAAAGGAUGGUGAAGAUGUUUUACAGGCCAGUGAAAUGUCAACAUCAUCCACCACAACAAUUCACCCGAAAGAAGAUGAAUUGAAAUUAUUCUAUUUUCCUGAUGAGGCCUCGAAAGAUGUGUCCGCAACUCAAUGUGUAAAACACGAAUUUGAUAUGCCAUGUACAUCUUCAAGCGGUGCAUUAGGCGAACCUUUGCCGCUAAUCAAAGGUGAUUUUGGUGUUGUAUCUGAAAAAAGUUCGGCAAAAGAAUUACAAAGUCAAUGUUCUUCCGAGGAAGACUAUUGCUUUAUUGUGGGCGAAGAACGCGUGGAAUUGGAUUUCGAAGAUAUUAAAGUGUCCGAAGAUCCUUUGCGCAUUGUCGACAAUCAUUUUGGCUUGCCAUCCUCGCAUAAUGAUAUUUUAAAAGCUCCUCCCACAUUUCCGCAGGCUGAUCUUCGUUACACAUUAUGUGAAAUGACGGUAACCUGGCAUCUAUAUGGAGGACAUGACUUUGCACAAACUCUCGGUGGCAUAGCAAACACAUCCACAGCGCCGGCUGAGACAGCUCCCAUGUCUGAGGCCUAUCGUCAUGGUGUUUCAAAUGCCAGCAAUCAAUGCCGGCCGCAGUCGACCAAAAAACCCAAAGAGAAAUUAACCUGGAAAUCUAAGGGUGGUGAAAAUCGUAACCACGAAGUACUUGUUGAAAUCCAACUCAGCAAAGUGGGUUUCUCUUACGAACUGUAUCCCCUGCAAGCGGCAUAUGCUUCGCGACAGGUAUUCCUGGUAAAUGAACUGGAGAUAAGGGAUCGCCUACAAACUUCGGAGAUCAAUAAAUUUCUCUACAAUGCCAAUAGCAGCAAUUUCUCUAAUCGGCGCAUGAAACAUAUGGUGGUUGUUAAGUGUUUGCAUGUCCGACCGAAUCCUGAACAAAGUCCAGCACAAGAAUGCUCUCUAAAGAUAUCCCUUUCACCACUGCGUUUGCACAUAGAUCAAGACACCCUGGAAUUUAUAACUGAUUUCUUUACCAGUUUUGGUAAAAAUUGUGACAAUGAUAAACCCGAAGGGGAAAAGUCAAAAACGCCAGCGCCCCCACCCACAGCCACUCUGUGUAGUGAGCUUGAUUUGCCGGAAGCUGUACAAGACCUACGAGCCAGGCGAAUUGUAAAUGAAAAUUUAGCCAUACUUAUCGAUGACACCCAAUCGGAAAGCAAUACAAGUCCAAAGAAAUCCGCAAAACAUUCUCCGCCUACAGAUUCUUCACCGACCUAUUUCCGUGAAAUAAUUUUCAGUCCUGACAUUUCCAUAUGUUUCGAUUAUCAUGGCAGGCGUGUGGAAUUGUCCAAGGGCCCAGUGGCUGGUCUACUCAUGGGGCUGGGUCAGUUGCAAUGUUCCAAAAUAAUUCUACGUAAGAUAGUGUAUCGUCGUGGUUUGCUGGGUUUUGAAAAAGUAUUCAAUUACCUCUGCAAGGAAUGGCUAAGGGAUAUCAAACGCAACCAAUUACCCAAGAUAUUAAGUGGUGUCGGACCCACUUAUGCCUUUGUGCAACUAUUUCAGGGUAUCUAUGAUCUUUUCUGGCUGCCCAUUGAACAUUACCAAAAAGAUGGCCGAAUCAUACGUGGGCUCCAGCUGGGUGCACAAAGUUUCAGUGCUCGCACCAUAUUGGCUGCUUUGGAAAUUACAUCGCGGCUCAUACAACUGCUGCAGUUCACUGCAGAGACAGCCUUCGAUAUGGUGUCGCCCGGUCCAUCGGUAAGGCAAUUGAAACGAUCUAGACGUGGCAAUAAACGGCGUCCACAUAGACCCAAAGAUAUACGUGAAGGUGUUGUGAAUGCCUAUCAAAUUGUCAAAGAUGGCAUCAACGAUUCGGCCAAUAAUCUCAUAGAGACGGCCGUUGCUGAACAUGACCAAAAAGGUUUAACCGGUGCUGUUGGAGCUGUUAUGCGUCAAGUUCCGCAACUGGUAGUGUGCCCGGCCGUCUUAGCCACCCAGGCAACAACCAAUAUAUUGGGCGGUGUGAAAAGUUCACUGGUACCUGAAUCGAAGAUUGAAGCGAAAAAGAAAUGGAAAGAUGAGAAUUGUUGAAGGAUUUAACUAUUAGAAUCGGCAAGGACAAGUGAUUAUGGAACCUUGGGCAAUGUUUUGCAAUAAAUGUGGAAAUGAAUGGACACAAGUUGCUGGUGAUUUUUUUAUUAUAGAAUGUGUAAUUUUACAAUUAUAUAUGAUUAAAUACAUAAAUAAAACAUACAUAUAUAAAUAUAUACUUUAGAUUGUAAGAGAAAGAGAGAACAAACCAAGUAACAUGUAAUAAAGUUGUUAAAUUUUUUAUUCAAAUAAA